CUAAAAUGAAAUUAUUUUAUUCCCUAUUGAUCUUUAUUUUAUUUCUUUUGAUCAAUUUACACUGCGAAGGGGCCAAGUUUCUUUUUACAUUUUUUCAUGAUAACGGCAGUCAUUUUGGAUCUAUGCGUCCCCUUAUGGAAAUGCUUGUAGAGAAGGGGCAUUCUGUCUCAUUUUUGGACACAAUCCCCAUGGAGGGGGCUUCGCCCAAACUUCGUGCCAUUCGUUUUCAAUUACCCAGAAGGCAGGAUGAGGAAUGGAAGAAUAGAAUGGCACAAAUACUUUGGCAUGAAAGGCUAACGGCCCUUUAUUUAGGGCAUUAUUUUGUUGCUAUGGAUAAAUUACUUGAUGUUUUAUUGGAAAAUGGGACAGAUACGGUUGUAGAUAUCGUAAACGAAGAAUGGGAUUUUAUUGUUAUCGACGACCUUUUCUGGUCUUUUGGUUUUGCCUUGACUACCCUAAAGCAUAGAUUAUGGGAAUUAAAUGGGAGGAAAGGCCAUCGACCACAUAUUAUUGUUUAUGCUACUGCUGCUUCUAGUUUAAUAUCUGCGGAGUCGACUAGGAGUGAAGGAAUUGGGUCUCUCGUGCUCCUUUCUGCCCUCCAUAUCCUACCAACGAAGAUGACGUCUAUUCGCCUAAAAAAUUUACAAGCAGAAUCAUUGCUUUCUACGAAACUAUUAUAGAAUUCAUUUACAUCGAUUUAAGUAAAAUUUCAAAUAUUUUUCAAAAUUCA